GGGUUUAGAUAAAGACACCAAAAACCUCACGCCUAGCCUCCUUGUUUUUCCCAUCUCUGCUAAAACCCCUCUUAAGCUCUCUCCCUCUCUCACUUUUCAAUACAAAGAAUCAAAUUUAUUUCUUUUCGCUUUUACCCACUCACCCCAUAUCUGCAAUCUGCGUUUUUUUUUUUAAAGUGUUGUAAAAUCAAUCUAUUUUGAUUUCAUGGCAAUAAGGACUGCUGGGAAAUUGUUUAAAGAUCUCGUGCGCCAAAGGGUUAUUUCCACUUCCAUAGGACCCUCUAGACAUUGCUCUUCCGCUGCUGCCUCUGCCCCUAAAAUCCCUCAUUCUUCAAAAAAAGGAAGAAGAUUACUGACUGGAGCUACCAUAGGCUUAAUUAUAGCAGGUGGAGCUUAUGUUAGUACUGUUGAUGAAGCAACUUUCUGUGGUUGGCUGUUCUCAGCGACUAAACUUGUAAACCCAUUCUUUGCACUUUUGGAUGCUGAGAAAGCUCAUACACUAGCUGUUGCAGCUGCUUCUCGUGGUUGGGUUCCCAGGGAGAAGAGACCUGAUCCAGCGAUUCUGGGAUUAGAAGUUUGGGGAAGGAAGUUUUCAAAUCCUGUUGGUCUCUCUGCUGGCUUUGACAAAAAUGCAGAAGCUGUUGAAGGUUUACUUGGUAUGGGUUUUGGCUUUGUGGAAGUUGGAUCAGUAACCCCUGUUCCACAAGAGGGUAAUAUCAGGCCACGCAUCUUUAGACUGCGGCAAGAAGGUGCUAUUAUCAAUCGCUGUGGGUUCAAUAGUGAAGGAAUUGUUGCUGUUGCAAAGAGAUUAGGUGCUCAGCAUGGUAAGAGGAAGUUAGAGACUUCGAGUUCCUCGUCACCCUCGAAUGAUGAAGCCAAACAUGGGGGAAAAGCUGGUCCUGGAAUUCUGGGAGUCAAUCUUGGGAAGAAUAAGACAAGUGAAGAUGCUGCUGCUGACUACGUACAAGGAGUUCACACGUUAUCCCAGUAUGCUGAUUACUUGGUUAUUAAUGUUUCAUCACCAAACACUCCUGGAUUACGUAUGCUUCAAGGAAGGAAACAGUUGAAGGAUCUUGUUAAGAGGGUUCAAGCUGCCCGUGAUGAAAUGCAAUGGGGUGAGGAAGGUCCUCCUCCACUGCUUGUUAAAAUUGCUCCAGACUUGUCUAAAGAUGACCUUGAGGAUAUAGCAGCGGUUGCUCUUGCCCUCCGCUUGGAUGGAUUGAUUAUAUCUAACACAACCAUUUCGAGACCAGAUCCCGUAGAUAAAAAUCCAGUCUCUGCAGAAGCCGGUGGCUUAAGCGGAAAGCCUCUUUUUAAUUUGUCAACCAACAUCUUGAAGGAGAUGUAUGUCCUAACAAGGGGAAAGAUCCCUUUAAUAGGCUGUGGAGGUAUUAGCAGUGGUGAGGAUGCAUACAAAAAAAUACGAGCUGGAGCAACGCUCGUUCAGCUUUAUACAGCAUUUGCAUAUGGAGGCCCUGCCUUGAUUCCCCAAAUAAAGGCUGAACUUGCUGAGUGCUUAGAAAGGGAUGGUUUCAAAUCAAUCCAUGAAGCUGUUGGUGCUGAUUGCAGAUGAUAAUUAAUGAAAUCUUGUCUUCAACCAAAAACUUCACCACCAAAAUAGCUGCAUUUUAAUUUUUUAAUGUUUGGUCCCCGGAGUUAUCCUAUUUUGCUCACUUUUCUUCACAUUUUGCAUAAUUUUUUUCCUUCCACCUUUCCUCAUGGGUUGGAGAGGGAUUUUUACAUGUACAAUAUGAGAAACCAAUUUUGGUAUAUUGUAUUAUGGUUAUGGUGUGCAAUAUUUUAGAAAAAGCCAAAAGAAUGAAAACUAAUUUAAAAAAUAAAAUAAAAUUAGGUUCUAUUUGAA